GUCCUCAAACAAGAGUUGGAGCGACUCUUCCACUUGUAUUACACCAAUGGUUACAAAGAGAGCACUGAAGAGAUAUUUGCCGUUUUGAAUAAAUAUACCAUUUAUGACAUCUGCAGUGUUCUCAAGCAAUUCAUCCGAGAACUGCCCGACCCUCUACUCACUCAAGACCUUUUGGAGGCCUUUAUUUUAGUGCCAAACCACGAAAACCUCAAUAAGAUGACUGUCCAUAAUAUCGCCACAAUUAUGGCCCCAAAUCUCUUCCCAGUUUUGGCCCAAAAGAAGAGAACUAAACAAAUGGAAGGAUUGAAGGAAAUGGAGACCAUUAUGGAGAGGGCCAAAGACAGCUUCUAUAUCACCAAAACUCUUGUUUAUAACCAUUUGGUGCUCUUUCAUGUGCCGCCAUAUCUUAUCGCACAAAUUCAACGCAGGAAGAAGUGAAUACAUGAAGAC